CGCUUGUGUCUGGCUUCAGGCGCGCGCACUGAACCGACCCGGAAAACAGGAGCCCAGUCUAGCAGACGUGUUGGCGCAGUAAUGGCCGCCAUCCGCAAGAAGCUGGUGAUCGUGGGGGACGGUGCGUGCGGGAAGACGUGUCUGCUCAUCGUCUUCAGUAAGGAUCAGUUCCCGGAGGUGUACGUGCCCACCGUCUUCGAGAACUACGUGGCCGACAUCGAAGUGGACAGCAAACAGGUGGAGCUGGCGCUCUGGGAUACCGCAGGGCAGGAGGAUUAUGACCGGCUGCGGCCGCUCUCGUACCCGGACACAGACGUGAUCCUGAUGUGUUUCUCCAUCGACAGUCCUGACAGUCUGGAGAAUAUUCCAGAGAAAUGGACUCCUGAGGUCAAACAUUUCUGCCCAAACGUUCCCAUAAUCCUGGUGGGCAACAAGAAGGACCUGCGGAACGACGAACACACUCGGCGUGAGCUCUCCAAGAUGAAGCAGGAGCCGGUGAAGCCUGAGGAGGGCCGGGACAUGGCCAACCGCAUCUGUGCCUUCGGCUACAUGGAGUGCUCUGCCAAAUCCAAGGACGGCGUGCGGGAGGUGUUCGAGAUGGCCACCAGGGCGGCGCUGCAGGCGCGCAAGGGCAAGAAGAGCAGCAAAUGCCUGCUGCUGUGACGGAGUGCGACUUCCUGUCAGUGUUUACCGCUUGUGUUCGUCUCAGACUGUCUGCUAAUCAAAUAUGCAAAGAGCCCAUCAGGACCAGACUCUGCAGCACCCUGAGGCGCUCUUCUGUCCCGCACCGGACACCCAGUUGGCUAUGUUUGUGUAUUAAAGCCUUGAUAAGA